AUGCGCCGCCGUUCGCAGCCACUCACGGCCACUGGCGACCAGGCACCAGUCGCGGCCAGGCGCGGCCGGACGUGGCCAGGCGCGGCCGGUCGCGGCCAGUUGCGGCCGGUCGCGGCCAAGCGUAGCCGCUCGCGGCCAGGCGAGGGCGCGGCCGCUCGCGUCCAAGCGCGGCCGCUCGCGGCCAGGCGAGGGCGCGGCCGCUCGCGUCCUGGCGCGGCCGCUUGCGGCCAGGCGAGGGCGCGGCCACUCACGUCCAGGCGCGACCGCGACCGGCCACGCGAGGGCGCGGCCGCUCGCAUCCAGGCGCGGCCGCUCGCGGCCAGGCGAGGGCACGACCGGCCAGGCGCGACCGCGACCGGCCACGCGACGCCGCAAGCGGCAAGGCGACGCCGCAAGCGGCAAGGCGACGCCGCGAGAUCGGGAAAAAAAGAGACGCAGCGAGAUCGGGAAAAAAAGAAGAGCUAG